UCUUCAACGCAUACGUCCAUACACCCCACCCACCGCACCGCCCUUUAAAAAAGGCACGCUCGCAAUCAAGCCGCCACAACGAUUCAUUUGCCUUUGACGUUGGACGUGAUUAUACCGACACACACACAUAUAUAGUGUGUGUGUGUCAGGCGUUAUGUCCAAGUUGACCGAGCGUGAGUGUCUCUCUUAACGGGGGUUGGUUCAACUCAUCUUGGCAAGUUCCAAUGAAGGAAGAUAUCAUGUAUGAGCUAUGUGACCACAAGAUGUACAUGCAUGUGCCGUGCAACACGAGACGACAGAGGAAGAAAAAAGAGAAGAGAUGGCUGAUGACUUUCCUUCUGGUGGUGGGACUCUUGCUGGUGGGCGCCUUUCUGCUGCUGCCACUCUUCUGGGAUUCGGAAAGCCAGGGCCAGUCUGAGUCGGAAGAGGUCAUCGCAGUGUGUGAGGACUCGUGCAGUGCCUCGCUGAUGGAGAGCGUUCCCGACGGCAUGGCGUACAGCCCCAACGCGUCCAUGCUGCAGCCCCUGCACCCGGGGUGGACGCGGCUCGCUCGCUCGGCCCAGCGCACGCUGCAGGUGGCCUCCUUCUUCUGGACCCUGACGGCCAGCGACCUCGGCCUCAACGAGAGCAGCGCCCAAGAGGGAAAAGACCUCUUGGAUCUGCUGCUAUCGCUGCCUUCCAAGGGUGUAGCGGUUUCAGCCGUGUCUAGCAACAGCAUCGUGUCCGAAAGCACCGACUUUGCUAACCUCACAGCCGCAGGAGCGCAGACCCGCGUGGUGGACAUGUACCGACUGACAGGAGGGGUCAUGCACAGCAAGAUCUGGGUGGUCGACAGGAAGCACAUCUUUAUUGGGAGCCCAAACAUGGACUGGAGAGCCAUCACCCAGGUAAAGGAGCUGGGAAUUGCCAUCUACAACUGCAGCUGCCUGGGAGAGGACCUGGCCAAGGUGUUUGAGGUGUAUUGGUUGCUCGGCCGCCCCAACGCCACCAUCCCAGCCCACUGGCCCGCCAACCUGAGCACCAGCAUCAACAAGGAGAAGCCCCUGCAAGUGCGCCUCAAUGGCACCCCCACCGAGAUCUACAUCUCUAGUUCUCCGCCGAGCCUGUGUGCCACGGGCCGCACCUCCGACCUCGAUGCCAUCUUGAGCGUCAUCGACUCGGCCCGGACGUUCGUGCACAUCGCCAUCAUGAACUACUUCCCCAUCAAGGAGUUCCACACGCUUCCCAGGUACUGGCCGGCUAUCGACGAGAGCUUGCGCCGCGCGGCCUACGAGCGGCGCGUCCACGUGAAGCUGCUGGUGGGCUGCUGGCACUACACGCGCACCUCCAUGUUCAUCUUCCUGCGCUCGCUGCAGGCGCUCUCCGACAAUUCCACGGGCUGCGACGUCGAAGUGAAAGUCUUCAAGAUCCCAGUCGACGAGCACCAGAAGUCGAUUCCUGCCACUCGUAUUUACCACCACAAGUUCAUGGUGACUGAAAACACGGCUUACAUAGGAACAUCCAACUGGGCGGAGGACUACUUCAUUGACACGGCCGGGGUCGGUUUGGUGAUGAACGAGACCAAAGCCAAGCUCGGCGCAACUCAGGGACCCGACCAGGGUACCUCGGGGACAGUUCGGGACCAGCUGGAGGCUGUGUUCUCCCGGGACUGGGACUCUGAGUACGCCCACAAACUGACCUCUCGCUGGGCCAUGCAGAACAUAUGUCGCUGAGCGUUGAACGCGAGGAACCGGCCCUCCAGGGCGAGGGGAUUUCUUGCCGAAAAAUCAACACGUGAAUGGACCAAUGGAAUGUGUGGUUGAAAUUUUGUUUUGUUAACUCAUGGCAUAUCUUGCGUUUGAUUCCAUUUUGCCACUUAAAUUUGGUUUGGCCACGCUCAUUGUCUGCAGUCUCACCGUGUUUGACAAUGAAGAUUUAAUGCGUGGAAUUGAAAUCAAUUUGGAAGAAUUCUUUGUUUUUAAAAAAUCUAUCGAAAGAACAACACGUAAUUCUCUUUAUCAAGACCUUUAAAAUUAAACAAGUAAUUUGACUCUAGAUUUUAAGCUUUCGUGACUGCAAGGAUUCGGUAAAGUCACCUACGUGACUUUACCGAAAGAACUAAGAGUAAGUAAUUUGACUUAAGAGCAUGCCUGCUACUUGCAUAUGGUACAUAGCGUCGCGCAUUGGUAAAAUGUGGUGAAAGAGUAUCUACUCUGCAGUGUUUUUUGUAAAUCGCGCACAAAUAUUCAGAAUGACAACCGUGUGAUGCUUUAAGAAUGGACAAAACAGCUCACUGGUAAAGGGGCUGAUUCUUAAAGCGGUGAUCUAAUUAAACUUGAAUUCAAAAAUAUUUUUUGUUGUCACUGAAUGUGGAAAAGCAAUCACUGUAAAUGAAGCAGACUGGUUGUUAUCGUGUCCACUAUAUUUUAUGUUAAUUACGAAUGCAAUGACGCAUUUAAAACAUUCAUUACAAAGACCAAUUUGCUAAAUCGUUCGAUUAUCUCUCUGCAUUCAAGAGCCUCACAAUAUGACAUGUGGAUUUAACCUCAAAUGAUAACAUGGUACAGCUGCAUGGGACACAACUAUAAUCUGGCCAAAUACUUAUCUGCAAAAUUGUAAAAAAAACACAUUAGACCGCUGUAAGGUUAAUCAGCUGCUGAAUUUGGUACAAAAUCGUAUCCCAUGAGUACACCAUCACAAGUUCACUGGGUGAGCCAAUUUAAACACGGCGAGCUGCAUAUGUGAGGGGUUGCAUUUUUUUCCUGCUAUUAUAAAAUAUAAAUGUCGAUGCAAAAGAUGAUCUUGGUUAAUGCAGGGUAACAGUCCCCACGAGGGGACAGUGUAUUUGUUCAUCAGUAUGCGUUUGCCUUGUAGGCGUUCUGCUGGUUCAGGAGAGAGGACUUUUCUGAGACAGAAAUUGAGAUGCACAAAUGUACUUUGAACGAGAGUGUACAGGAUCCUCUCUGGAGUAUUCCACUUAGUCCUGGUUCGGCAAACUUUCAGAGAAGAAGAAAACUUGUUUUUGUUUUUGUCUUUGACCAAAAUAGUUCGAGAGCCGCAUCACACGCACAGCUUCCUGUAUACAGUAGACGACAAACACAUUCUGACUUAAAUAAACAAAGUAAGUGACGG